CCAAACUAGAUAAUCAUCAUACUGUUAUAAUAGUCAUUGCAGUUUUUAUCUCGUUUGCAAGCGUACUGUUAUCGCUGUUUGUCUUUAAAUAGCUAGUGAAUGAAAUUUAUUAACAUUUACAACGAUGAAAUCUAUGAUAAGUGGCAGUUUUUGAGAGAAAAAGUAAUGGAAUUAUAUGCUAACGUAGAAUCCGUGACGUCAGUGUGUGGAGCCUCGUGUCUGGUGACGGCCCUGGGCUAUGUUCUAAUAGGAACGAUGACGAUCAGUCAAGUUCCCCAGAUCUUCAAGAUCCUCCGGAAGCGAUCCGUCCUGGGAGUCAGCUUCUACAGCAUGCUGCUGCUGCUUCACGCCUCUUCCGCUACCGUCGCGCAUGCGCUUCUUAACGGCUUCCCUAUAAGCGCUUGGGGAGAACACAUUGUCCUACUUCAAGCCUAUGUUGUGUUGGUCUGCCUCAUGCUGCGCUACAACGACCGCUCCCUGGCAGCUGUGGCCUUCAUGAUCGCCUACGUAGCGUUUAUGUCCCUCCUGCUUCUGCCGUCUGUCCCGCCGCGUCUCGUUUGGAUCCUCCAUUUCCUGUCGCUGCCCGCGGUUGCCCUCAGCAGAUUGCUUCAAAUAUACAAAAUAUACCGAACUAAGAGUCCAGGCCAGCUUUCGGCGACGUCAGCAUUUCUAUGUAUUUUCCAAGGUGUUGGAAGAUUAGCUACGUCAGCAUUGUCAACUGGUGACGUCAUCAUGACGUUGACAUUUACAGUUGCAAGUCUUCUAAAUGUAUUACUGUUCGUGCAGGUGAUGGUUUACAGAAGACGCCUUAAGAAAGCUUCGUGAAGUAUAAACAUGCGUUGCUCAAAUCUGUGUUAUCGCAUACGCCAUUUCAUUGCCAGUGUGUUCAGAAUGACGUCAUGACUUCUCGCAUCCAACAGAGGGAUGCCUCUUUCACAAGAGUGAAGAAUGCGUUCGAAACAUUAUCUUGACGGAUGUCGACGGAAUACACAAUUUUAAACACAAACUGCGAUUGUGCUGUUCAUCAAAGGCAAACAUGUGCAGUUUAAGUUGAUGUUGUGGGUUGUUUUUUGGUGCAUAUAUGUUGGAAGAGAUCCAGAUACAAAUUCACACAGAGUACGUGAAUAUCAUGUAUAUUGGGUGUUUUUUGUAUUGUACGUAUGCAAUAUUUCAAUCCGAAUGUAAGCAUUUGUAAUUAAUGUGAGUUAUGUAACUUAUACCGCUAUUAAUUAAAUUGGUUGUGUAAUAUACCCUAAUACCCUAUGUUGAAAGUUUUUAAUUAUGGUAUUUGACUUGCAAUUGUCACCUUGCUGUCGGAAAAUAAAGUUAAUUUUGAA